CAAGAGCACAACAAUAUGGAUGACCUUGACGAAAGUCAUCCUGUAGCGAAGCGCGAUCACGAUUGAAUAGAAAAACUAACGAAACACGGUGCUUCGUCAAAAAAAGUCGAAGCGAGUUGAUUAUCACAGUGUUAGAAUUAAUACUUGAAAGAAUCAAUAAUUGUUUUCGCCUGGGGCGAUUCGAGACCUAGAAUGACAAUAAUGAUGAAAUUUCUCUAAGAAAGUAGAAAGAAAACUCCUUGGCCUUCAGCCGAUACGUCUGUCGGUCAACGGACACCAACAAAAAUAAUACUAGUAAUCAUAACAGGUGUUGAAUAUUUGAAAAGGAAACAUGUUUUUAUGAAUAGACUAUUAUUAAAAAAACAAUUAUAUUAUUGUUUUAUAAAUUGUGUAUCUGUGAUUGUCAAUAUUAAGUAAAUAAUAGGAACUAAUAAAAAUAAAUGAAAGUGCGAAUGUCGUCCGUAAAACAGUGUUGCCAACGCCAGAAUUUUUCUCCUAGUUUUAGGGAAACGGAUUUUUAAACGAAUCAAAUUGUUAUUUAUACAGCAUUUUCUCUUAAGUAAUCUCAAGAAAAGUUAUAAUUAGAAAGUAACUCAAUAUAAUGUUUGCAUUUUGCUUUGGUUAUAAGGACGUUAUCGAAAAGAACUAGACGUUUCGUCAUCUCGUGUGGUAGGCAAAUAUUAAAGCAAAUAAUUUCAAGGUUAGGCAAUGGUAAGUUGAGUUUUUAUUUAAAAUUACAGAACUUCUGUUUUUGCAUGAAAUAUACCGGGUGGGCAAAUAAAAACGACCAUAUAUAAGAAACGGGUUAUUUUACAGCUUUAGGAGAAAAAUUAUGGCCUAGAGAAACACGUGGAAAUGAUUUUCAGAAAUUUGGAUCCACCGCUAGAGGGUGUGUUUGAAAAUAUAAAAUUGAAAAAUGAAAUUUUUUCGAAAUUUACCCGAUUUAGUGGCAUUUUAUAUAUAAUAAUCGAAUUCUUAAAUAAAUUCUGCAUAUUUUUUGAUUAACAAGUUCUAGUCUAUGUUUUCAAAUAAUCGGUGGGGGAGAGUGGGAACUUUGUUAUGAAAAUAGGCUGUAAGUCCGGUUCUGCUUAGCCGAUUUUCAUAAAUUUGAUGUUAUUUGAAAGAUCUUCUUCCCAGGAAUACGGAAUAUAUAAUUUUUUAUAAAUUUAUUCACCAACGUGAACGCUAGAGGUCGUUGUUUCAUAUAUUUUAGAUUUUGUGAUUUAACAUAACCUAAAAGUUUGAGUAGGGCUUCGAAAUAGCGAAGAGGCAUCUCGAGAAGUUUUUCUGACCCGAGACAUGCGUAAACAGCAAGAAUUUUCCUUCGAGAAGACCCCACUUACUAAUUAUUGUAUUAGUUUAGAUUAUUAUUAUUUAAAUGACGUAAUAAUAAUAUUUUUAGUCGUUGAUUUUUGUUAGAGUCGGUAUGGAAUUCAACAAACUGUAAUAUACAUAAAAAUAUCGAGUCUGAAACUGACUAUUAACCUUAAAACACACUAUACAAAUAUGCAGGUACAUAACCGUCAACAAUAGGUGACCGGUCACACUACUCAACUCAAAACAAAAUAACAUCGACAAUACAUUUCCGUUUUACAAAAAAAAAAAAUAUAAUAUGUCCAUAACCGUUUCAGUCUAACAAAAAUAAAUUAAUGAAACGGUCGUAAAGCAAUUCCAACGAAAGUGCGGCACACGCGUCAGUUUUGACAAGUGACAGAUUACGUAUUUCUUCUACAGUGUUGCUUAAAAAUAAAAACUAAAGAAUAAAAUGCAUUUCGGUGGUAACUGAAAUGAAAAAAUGUCAUUUUUGACGAGUAUUCUUCGUUGUUUUUGCUUGAGUUUCGUCGUUAGUCGUGGUUCUUGGAAUCCGAACGGUUUACAUCCCUCCCAAAAUCGUAAACAAAUGUUGAACGGCAAACUCCCGAUAAAAAAAUCGAAAAAAGAAGAAGACGCGUUAAAAAAACCGGAAUGGUUGAAAGAAUGGACUAUUAGCAAAGGUUGGGUGCAUAAUAAAAGUCAUUUAUUGGAGUUAGGUACGUAAAAAGGCAAUAAAUUUCAAAAAUAUUGGACUACAAACAUUUUAUACUAGUUCGAUGUCUUUUUUAUAAUAAGAAUCGUCGUUCUCCUCAAAAUCUUUUACCACUAAGGCAUUUUUUCAAGUCUAGUAACAGAAAAUAAUCCAACGGGGCUAAAUCUGGCGAAUAACACUUCAAUUCAUUGUCUUGAUGAAACAACAUUUCAUUCGGCCAUUUUGGUUUGAUUUCAAAUGCGUCAGCUGUCAAUGCCGAGGUACGAUUUCCGUACACAUUUCAAGUUUAGGUUGUUUUAGAAAUUGACAGCUUGUCAGAGCGUUCUGACUCGAACUGAGUGUUAAUAUUAGUUACAGCAGCAAUGCAUAUUGAUAAAAUGAUAAAUUUUUCGUAUAAUUAUAUGUACGAUCCAUUGUUUUUGUUAUUUAUUGCCUUUGAUAUAGGAAAAGCACGAAACUACGAAGAAUUAUCAGAAGCAGAUUCAGUUUCUAUGGAAAAUAUCGAUGAACUUCUUUCUGUAAACAGUGACGCGAAUACGGUCGAAAUUACAAAACAAAAUAAUGACCUUGAAGAAAGUUUACAAAACCAAAUUAGAAUGUCACAGAUGUUUAAAGAGGUUAACAGAAAUUACAGAGAACAUUUCCCAAUAUGCGAUCACGUUUCCGAUGAAAAUAGAGAGUUGAGUCUUCCUCAGAUUUAUAAAGAAAGAUUAUUGAUGGAUAGAAAAAGGUGCAGUUUGAUAUCUGAUAUAUGGAAAUACGUAAAGCCUGGCCAAAAAAAGAAAUUGCGAUUAAACAAUUGUAAAUUUACUGUGAACCCUGUAUACGAUGAUAAACAAACUCAUUCGCGUAUAAUAAACAAUCAAAAGUACACAAAAAAAACUAGUCUAGGAAGGAACAUAACCUUAUCCAAUACUUUGAACGCUAAAACUAAUUUACACGAAGAUAUUAUCUAUGAAUGUUCAGAAGAAAAUUAUAAUUCGUUGAAUAAUAUUUAUUUCAACCCAGUUUAUUCUCCAUUACCUUCAACGAGACUCGAAAAUAUAGUUUCCAAUAAUCAAUUGAGGUUAUGUAACAGAUCAUCUGGUGAAAAUCAAAUGAAACUUAGUGCGAAAACGGAAAAAUAUGUCAUAAGGCACAUUAAAAUAAGGAUAAUGUUGUCGUUGAGAGUCGGAAAAUUUCAGAAAAUUAACAAAAAACGUAACAAUUUUUCUUUUAUGAAAAAAUGUGUGAAAAAAGACGAUAACGUGAAUGCAAUGAGGGUUGCUAGGAUUCACGACGAGCAAAGGAGAAUCGGGAAUGGUAGGACAUCGGUUAAAAUUCAAAAUAUGAGGUAAGAUUUUUUUUAACACGUUACGUACAGGGCGUGCAAAUGAAAACGCUAUACUGGAGCAUGUGCAUUGACCUUAUUAACGUUCACCCGUGAAUCGAAUCGCUUGUUUAUGACACAGAGUCAUGCAAAUACGAAAAGGUGCAUGCUGAAUUAUCAACCAAUUAAACAAUGAUAAAGUAUUUUUUAAUAGGACAAGCUUAUCCACCAAGUAUUGU